UUCAGUGAGAUCACAUGACUGCGGCGACCAAUCAGAGGCGGAGAGGAGCUGACUGGUCAGUGUGAGAGUUCUAUGUGUAUAUAUAGUGUGAGUUCUGGUCACACGCGGCUCCUCUUGGUGACGUCACACGCGGCUCCUCUUGGUGACGUCACACGCGGCUCCUCUUGGUGACGUCACACGCGGCUCCUCUUGGUGACGUCACACGCGGCUCCUCUUGGUGACGUCACACGCGGCUCCUCUUGGUGACGUCACACGCGGCUCCUCUUGGUGACGUCACUUCCUGAGACAUGGCUGUCCUCUGCACGGAACGAUACGGCACUGGAGACAUCCAGAAAUAUCUGGGGGAUAAAGAUGGCCGCCUCUCAUGUCAGAAGGAGGCGGCUCGGAAUACGUACGGCUCCCUGCGGGACUGCCUGGUGUCUCUGUUCCUCCCUCAUGGCUUCCCAGACAGUGUGAGUGACGACUACUUGGCCUAUCAGCUGUGGGACACCAUCCAGGCCUUUGCCAGCAGUGUGACGGGUUCGUUGGCGACUCAUUCUCUUCUCCGUGGAUCGGGGGUGGGUGACGGUUCAGCCACAGUGGCAGCGGCCACAGUCACGUGGAUCCUGAAAGACGGCACUGGGAUGGUCGGCCGGAUUCUCUUCGCCUGGAUGAAGGGGAGUCAGCUGGACUGUGACGCCAAGAGAUGGAGGCUGUUUGCCGAUGUGUUGAAUGAUAUGGCAAUCUUCAUGGAGAUUGUGGCUCCUGUCUUCCCAUCAUGCUUCACUCUGACAGUGUGCACCGCUGGACUCUUCAAGUGCAUUGUGGGGGUUGCUGGCGGGGCCACACGUGCCGCUCUUACAGUUCACCAAGCCAGAAGAGACAACAUGGCGGAUGUCUGUGCCAAAGACGGGAGUCAGGAGACGCUGGUCAAUCUCGCCGGGUUACUCAUCAGCCUUCUGGUUGUCCCUUUGGUGUCAGAAAAUCUGUGGGUAACCUACCUUCUCUUUCUUUUCCUCACCUCCCUCCACCUCUAUGCAAAUUACAGAGCUGUCCGCUCGGUUGUCAUGGACACUCUUAACAAAUCACGGCUCAGUAUCAUCCUGGAACAUUUUUUGCAGCAGGGACGGAUUCUUAGACCAGCUGAAGCGAAUUGCAUGGAGCCGCUACUUCCUGGUCUGGGCUCGCAGGUACCCCUCAGUCUGGGAGUGCCCCUCAGUACGUUGGUCUCCAGCGUCUCCCAGCUGGAGCAGCUGAAGAAAGGAAACCGUUCCCGCUACCUGCUGGGCUGGAGAGCCGAUACCGGCCGGCUGGCGGUGGUAUUACAUGAAGAGGCGGGCACUGUGGACAUCAUUAGAUCUGUGGUCCAUGCAGAGAUCCUGCACAGGAAGGCUGGGAGCUCAGAUCCCCAACGUUACCUGGUCCUGGAGGAGACACACAUCCAGAUGGAUCACCUCUUCCUGGACUUCGGCCAAGGACUCUCUGCCUCAGGCUGGGUGACGGAUCGCCAUCUGUUGGAUCCAGAUGACUGGAGAGCAAACUGGGAUUCCAAUAAAGAACUCUGAGAAGACAGUGGACCAGGACUGUGCGCUGUGAUUGGCUCAUUGACCACCCACCUACCGGAACAAUUCUCAGAUAUCAGUGCUGUCACACUUUGAAUGACAAUUACGCGGUCAUAUAACUCUCUGUACACGUGAUAUCUUAACCCUUUUUUUGUUUCACACAAUCAGAGCUCUCUUGGGUGGGGUUUGAUUACCGGUGGGGGGUUAUAUAUUUCUAAACAAAAAAAAAAAAAAUGUAGGGAAAGAAUAAAAAAAUUUUUGUUUC